CGUGUCGCUGCCCUGCUCUGGUCGGGUCAACGCUGAAGUGCUGGUGAACCUCCACCUCAAUAUCACCACCCAUAACCGUGCCCACAACCUCACCAACAUCACUAUCAAGAGGAAGAAGAUCUGCCUCAAAGAAGAGUUCGCCCCGAGGAAUGAGUCGAUCUACCUGCGUCCAGAGUGGAUGUCCACAUCGCUGGGGACACUGUACGUGGCCAUGGGCGCCGCCUGCACCUUCACCGUGCUUGUCAUCACCGUCGCCUCCGUGCUCUACCUCAGAGUCAAGCGCACCAGAAAUCAGGCAUCGCUCACCUGCAGGUACUACAGUGGACCUGGCUACGUGGGCGACACCAGCGCUGCUACUACAGGAGGCAGUGGCCGCGGUGGCACCUCCCUGAGAAGCAACUCUUACGCCACCAUCGCCUCCUUCAAGAAGGUUCCCAUUCUCACCCACGAGAAAAAGAGGAAAGCCAAGGUGUGUGCGCUGAGUGGAGGCGGGGAGUCGCUGCACUAUGCCUCAUCACCACUGUCACAAGUGUACUCUCAGCCGUACUCUCCGGCACACUCCCUCCCAGCCUCCAGGCAUUCUCAUGCCUCCUGUUGUGCCUCCUCACUACACUCCCAGGCAUCUUGGCGAGACCCUCGCAACAUGGACCCCAGCGAGAAAGUGCGGCAACUGGCGAUAGACAGAUGGAAGGUUGAGGUUGGCGAGGUUGUGCAGGAGGGAACAUUUGGGCGAGUGUACCGCGGGGUGUACAGAGACCCAUAUGCUCGUGCUGCCCUUACCGUCAUUGUCAAAACAGUCUCAGGUGAAGCGUCAUCAUCACAGGCCCGGCUGGUAGUGAGAGAGGGGCUGCUACUGGCUGGGUUACAUCAUCAACAUCUUCUUCCUGUAUUGGGUGUGUGUCUCUCAGACCCACGACAUCCGCUUCUGCUUUACCCUCAUUUGGGACUCUCCAACCUCAAAACAUACUUGCUCGGUUGUAGCCGAGGGUCUAGCGAAGGCGUCAAACUCCUCACGAGAGACGUAGUCCACAUUGCUAUACAAGUGUGUCUUGGCCUCAUUCACCUUCACCAACAACGACUUCUGCAUAAAGAUGUUUCCACUAGAAACUGUCUGAUAGAUUCUGAACUUCAAGUUCGGGUAUCGGACACAGCACUUGCUCGUGACUUGUUCCCACAGGAUUACCACUGUUUGGGCGACAAUGAAAACCGGCCUGUGAAGUGGCUUAGCCUUGAGGCCCUUAUUCAUAAACAGUUCACUCCUGCCAAUGAUGUGUGGAUGUUUGGUGUUCUGUUAUGGGAGUUGACUACAUUGGCUCAGCAACCUUAUAUUGAAGUUGACCCUUUUGAAAUGGCUGCCUACUUAAGGGAUGGCUACCGUUUGGCCCAGCCCCACAACUGUCCAGAUGAGUUGUUUGGAAUGAUGGCCCGCUGCUGGGCCCCAACGCCAGAAGACCGUGCUAGCUUCCCUCACCUUCUCUCCUGUUUACAAGAUUUCUACUCAGCUCUUGGCAAAUUCAUCUGAGUGCAUUGAUGUUUGUUACCGUGUACUGUUCACAAAUAUAGACCUGAAACCUGAUAUUUAAUGGUUAAAUAGGUUAUAAGCAAUGUAUUUUUGUGGGGUGGGGGAUUAGAUUUCUAUGACAACAGAUUAGCUACACCUUAGAGAUUAUAAGGAAGAUUUUGCUGGAUUUUAGUGAAAGGAAAAUAACUAGAAUAUUUUUUUUUGUCCAGUAAACUUACUGAUGUAUUUUUAUUUAAAGCAAGUUUCAUAGCACACAAGUUACAGAAACUUUCAUUGGGGCACUGUUUUGCAAGGCUUGAUUAGGAUCUAUAUAGAGUAAAAGGCUUGUUCUAAAACUUGUAUUUUUGUCUUCAUACCAGUCAGAAUAAUGCCAUUUGAUCCAAAUUUCAUAGUAAUAUUUAUUUGCACAACAUUUUAAUUUCUGCUCCCAAAAUUGCUUUGAUACAAAAUUAUUUAUAGCAACGUAAUGUUCCUAGCACAACCAGAUAUUGUUCGUUGAUUCAUGUCCAUUUAUUAAAGUAGGGCCCCAACUUACGAACACAGAGUUUCUAAGACAUAAUACUGUGAAAAUAAUUGUUUUAUGAAUGCUGACGAGAAGUCACAAACGUGUGACACAAACAUCUUUUGUAGUAUUAUUUUCUAUAGCAUAAUAGGUUCAGAGUUACAGAGUCACUACUGCACACAGUUUUCCUCAGUGAUACAAAUAUACUUUCUCCAGAGUGCUUAUAGGUAAAUGACAUCUAUGAACAGAUCAAGACAUUCAUUAAGAAAACAUUUUGCCAUGAUUGGCUUCAGUCCUAAUACUGAGUAGCUAGAGCAAGCAGUAUAUAUAGUACAAGAAGUAGGCAAGCAUAGGUUAUAAGUGGGGUAACACGUUAAGGGAACAUACUGGACAAUCUUUCAAAACACGUUCACUAUUUCCUGGUGCAGCUUGGUGUCAUCUAAUGGCAGUGUCCCUUGGAUAGCGGUCAUUUAGCCAGAGUUCCCAAGCAUUAAGGCUGUGUAAAUCACUUUCCCAAACUAUUAGUUCAGCCUCAUCUAAAACAUUGUGGUGUGUCUUUAUUGUUCUAUAUUGUAUGCAGGCCUUAUUUUGAUCCUAUACACCAUACCUUACAGAGGUUGCAACACAAAAGUAUGCAACCACAACAUCUAGAACACUUGAACUCAGAUUUCGAAAACACCAAUAUGUCUGUAGCCAGAUGACAAAAUAACACCUCCUUACAACAUAGCACAUAACAGGGAUGCAUCACAAAGUUCAAUGAAGCCAAAAAAAAAUAGUUCCAAAAAAUUAUUUGCAAAGACUUAAAUGUUUGGAAGCAAUAAUGAUAGUAAUUAUGAACACCAUACCACAGAAGUAAGGCAGCUGUUGCAAAUCCAGAACCUUGACCAAACACUUACUAUCCAACAGUGACACUGCCAUGAGAUGACACCCAGCUGCACUACAGAAAGCAGUGCUCACGUGACCUUUUUCACUACAUACACUACUUGUUCUAGCUACUCUAUUAGGACUUGAGAAACCACUCAUGGAAAAACUCUUCCUUAAUACUGUCUUAAUCAGUUCACACAUGUCUUUUUACCUACAACUUGUUGGUAUCACCAUACCAGUUCCACCAAAAUGCUGAUACUUCACAGUAGUUGAAACAUCUCAGCACUGUUGAAUGAAAUGGAAAGUAUUAAAUUAGUAGGGGCCAUACCAUACCUUGGGGAGUGGGAAGCAAUCAGGUGUGAUCCAAGGCAUGGGAUGUUAGGUCCAAUUCCUUGGAUUUAGGGGGCCCCCCUCACGAGCAUCAAGGAACCUCGUUUGAGGGGAAAUAUUAAAGAAUAUGGGUCACUAAUGAAUUUCUAGUCAGAGUUUAGUUAGUUUACAUGUUGUAGAUUAAGACCGUGACAGACAGUGAUAAAUUACAAUAUAUUUGAUAAUUACAAAAUCAGUGGUAUACAAUGUUUGUUGUGGUCUAUGUAAGAAACAGGAGCACAGGUGUUACAGAUAUGGAACAUUAGGUUUCUAUUUAUUAUAUUUGUGGGGAACAGCUAAAGUCAUAGGGAUCAUACAGUGCCUGGGGAAUGGGAGAUUAUUAGGUUUGAUUCAUGGAAAAAGGAUGGUAGCUCCAAUUCCUUGGAUCAAAAGCCCUUCACCAGCAUCUACCCCUCGAGAUUCUGUUAAUUAAAAUACAGUGGACCCUCGCCUAACGAUAUUAAUCCGUUCCUGAGAGCUCAACGUUAGGCGAAAUUAUCGUUAGCCGAAUUAAUUUUCCCGAUAGGAAAUAAUGGAAAUCAAAUUAAUCCGUUCCUGACACCCCAAAGUAUGAAAAAACAAAUUUUUUACCACAUGAAAUAUUAAUUUUAAUACACACAAACUGAAGAAGACAUGUACAAUUACAUGACACUUACCUUUAUUGAAGAUCUGGUGAUGAUUGAUGGGAUGGGAGGAGGGGAGAGUGUAGAUGGUGUUAAUGUUUAUAAGGGGAAUCCCCUUCCAUUAGGACUUGAGGUGUCAAGUCCUUUUCCGGGGUUACUUCCCUUCUUCUUUUAAUGCCACUAGGACCAGCUUGAGUGUCACUGGACCUCUGUUGCACAACAUAUCUGUCCAUAGAGCUCUGUACCUCCCAUUCCUUUAAGAUUUGUCUAAAAUGGGCCAUAACAUUGUAAUAGUCACCAGCACGGCUUGCAAUAGCUAUGUUAGGGUGAUUUUCAUCCAUAAAGGUUUGCAGUUCAACCCACUUUGCACACAUUUCCUUAAUCUUUGAAGUAGGCACAAUGGAUUCCACAACUGGCAUAGGCAUCUCAGGGUUAGCCCCAAACCCUUCAAAAUCUUUCUUAAUUUCCAUACUAAUUCUCACCCUUUAUAUCACAGGGUUGGCACUAGAAGCUUUCUUGGGGCCCAUGGUGACUUAUUUUGCAGGUGCAAUCACUAAAAACGCUGUGAUAAUAUGAAAUGUUCCGAUUGUAUGUUUGGAUGCGACCGCGGUGGUUGGCUUGUAAACACUGGCACCCACGGGACAAGUGAGGCGUGCUCAGGCCACACAUGGAUGCGUCUCAAAUGGAACGAAUCACGUUGGGCGAGUUUUUUAGCGCUAGCCGAGGCAAAAUUUUUGCAUUAAAAUGUAUCACUAGGCGGAUUUAACGUUAUGCGAUGUGUUCAUUAGGCGAGGGUCCACUGUAUAUGUUAAUUAUUGGACUCAACCUUACAUGACAACAACUUGUGGAUUUUCCAAUUAAAAUUGAAAAUAUGAAGUGAAUUUGCUAAGUUUAGAAACUGUAAGUAUAUCCUUUAAGAGGAAGAUGUGAUAAUCAUUAAAAUUAUUUUACUUGAAAAAACAAGUGAAACCCGUAUGGGUCAUACAGUGCUAUAAUCGUUAUGAAAGAGUGGUGCAUAUGGCUUUACUGCAGUAAUCAAUACCAAAGAUAUAUCUCGUUUAUCUCUUCAGUUUAAAAUGUAUUGGAAACUAUGAAUCUCCUAAUUCAGAAGACUCAUUUGAAAUACAGCAUAUAGUUUUUUCUUUGACCUCAUUGGCCUUCUCCAACCAGUGUAUGGUAACAAAGGAAAUACAUUCACCAUUCAUUUAAUUGCUGCAUUACCACAAGUGUGCUGAUAGGUACUGCCUUUCCCACCUGCAGAACUAGUCUGACUUACCAGUUUCUCCUGAAUUUCUUCAUGUGAGGAUAAGGUUAGAGUAUAUAGGAGGGAAGAGGAGAUUUUUUUUAGUGAAAGUAAGACUUUAACAUAGAUGCAUGAUGUCACCAUGGUUGUUGAACAUAUUUAUAGAUGGGGUUGUGAAAGGAGUGAGUGCUAGGGCGGUGGGAAGAGGUGUGGGAAUAAUAGAUGUUGGAUCUGAUACAAAGUGGGAAUUAUCACAAUUUUGGGGGGAUUCUGAAGAUAAGUUGCAAAUGUUGGCUAAAAAAUUUGGGAGGGUAUGCAAAAGAAAAAAAAAAAAAAGAACAUAGAAGAGAGAAAGGUGAUGAGGUUGUAACAAAAGUCUUGGCAAUGACAGAGUGAAUAUCAAAUUGAAGGGAGGAUGGAGGAGUGGGAGUGGACAUGUCAGCAAUGGGUUCACAAGAAUAAUAAAUAAGUUCAGUGCUAAACCUGAAAGGGAACCAUAGAAUAGAUAAGAGGAAAGCAGUAAGUGGUGUGUGCUUCAUUUUCAGAGUAUAUUGCAGCAUAUAUGUAAAAUGUGUGUACAGUACUAUAUUAGGUAUGCAGUAUAGUACUUCAAUAUUUUAUCCUACAUUUUUUAAACAAUCUGAUUUAAUAGACAGACAACCCCCUCCUCUCCCAUCCCCUAAUAGUCCAUUAUAUCAAGGGUUUACUGUAUAGAGUACUAACAUUUUUAUAUGGGUGUGAGGUAUGGAUUUUGAAUGCUGCAGUGAGGAGGCUAGAGGCAUUGAUGUCAUGUUUAAGAGCAAUGUGUAGUGUGACUAUCAUGAAGAGAAUUUGGAGCAUAGUAAUUAAAAGGCAAUGCAAGAUCACAAAGAUAUAAUUCAGAGGGUCAGAAAAAGAUUGUUGAGGUGGUUUGGGCAUGUAGAGAGGAUGGAGAGGGAUAGGAUGACAGGUAUAUAUAAAUCUGGGGUGGAAAGUAGGAGGUGCAUGGGUUAUCUCAGGAACAGUUGGAGGGAAUGGUAGAGGCUUUGAGUUUAAGGGGCUUGAAAAUCCAGCAGACUUGUUUGAGUGUGUUAGACCAGAGUGAACAGAAACGAGUGGAUUUUAAUGGGUGACUUAUGAAGGAAUUAGGGAAACCAGAUAUGGGAAGGACAGUACUCACACUCUGAAGGAGUACUCACACUCUGCAGGUGGAGUAAAAUCUAAAUGUGAUGUCAGCGCACUUCUGGAAAAUUAACGAUAGUUAAUGUUGGUGAAUACAUUUUCUUCUUUGGAUCACCCUGCCAACUUGCCAGAAGACAGCCAUUGAAUUACACACACACACACACACACACAGACACACAUAUUCUUGUAUGUAUGUACAUUUAAUACUAGUAAACAUGAGUUAAUUCUAAGCUGAUAAAUUAGAUGUCAGGUCUUGAUUAUUAUUAUUAUAAUCAAGGGGGAAGCGCUAAACCUGGAGGAUUAUACAGCGCCUGUGGGGGGGGAUGUGGAAGGCAUUCAGGCUUAAUUCGGGGAACUGGAGCACAGAUCCAAUUCCCUAAAUCAAGAGCCCCUCACCAACAUCAAGGAACCUUCCUUGAGGGGUCAGGUCUUGAGUCUAUUACACAAGCCUAGCUAGUACAUGGGAUCGUACUACAUCAGUGUAGAAUAUAGAAUGUAACAUCCCAAAGUGCUGGUAAAUAUGUAAAUUAUGAUUUAAAAGAACAUUUUCCAUUUGAAUUAUAAAGUUUGUAGUUUUAUAUUUACAAAUACAUGUAUCAAAAUACAAAUUUUAUUAAAGAUAUUUUAUAGCACUCUUGCAGUAGUACAGCACCACAAUGCAAAAUUAUUAUUAUUAUGGAAAAUAUAAGCAGAAUUUAAACAAAAAUCCAACAACUUUUUGCACCAAUAGAAAAGUUACAAUUAUUAUUAUAAUAAAAAAGAAUGAAAAGUUACAAAAGAUGUAGUACAGUAUCUCUUAUUAUAUUCACACAAAAAAGUGAAGUCUUUAAAAUGUGGCAUUUCAUUACCUGAUAUCAAACUUGUGUAGUGUAGUUCAAAAGCAGCUCUCGCAGAUUUUACUCCUCUCAUAGAGCCUAUCCAAUUUUUUUUUUUUUUUUUUUUUUUUUUUUACACUGACCACAUGUUAAUUUUCAAUAAGUAAAAUCUUGAAAAAUAGUGAUAUUGACAUUUUAUGUACCGUAGCACAGUAGACCACUGAAUAACACUCAGUUGAACUAGCAUGCUGUAGAACUGUGGGAAAAUAAGGUAUGCUGUAGGAUCAUUUCCUUCUUCCUGGCAGUUAGUCUAGUGAUGCAGCCAUCGUUUUUAUGGGGGAGGCCUGUCUCACUCUUAAUUUAAGCAAAGUCCCAUGCUGCCAGUUCUGCAGGUGUACAUGUUCCAUACCAUACUCAGUUGUGUGUUAAUGAACCAUGGUACUGAAGAGGAAUAUGAGUGACACUGGAAGUGUCAAGAAGAAUAAGCAUGAAAGUCUGGGUAUUUUGAAAAAAAAAAAAAAAUAGACAAGCUUAAAAUUGGUGCAUGUGUGACAGAUGGCAAGAGCCUUUAGUCUCUGUUUAGCAACAGUUCAAAUGUUGAAAAGAGGAAUGAAAAGAUAACACCUUAUAUAAUUAAUAAACCAGGUUGUGAACUGAAGAGUGUCACGUAGUUCACAGCAGAUAAAUAAUGCAGAAAUUACCGAGUGGAUUGAUCAGAAAUCCAAGAAAAUGUUACCAUUUAAUUUCUUCAGGAUCAAAGAGAAAGCCCUCUUGUAUUAUAAAACUGUGUGAUCAGGAAGGAAAUCCUGGACAAGUGUGUUUGUUUAAUUCUGGCUGCUUCUGCAAUUUUAAAUUGCACAAUAACAUUUCAUUCAGGAAAGUACACCUGUUGAUCACUCAGUUACAUAAAAAUGGCAUGGAAUAAAGCACCCCAAUCAACAACAAAGGCAGGCUGAGGAAAAUUAUGGCCUAGUGUCUUGAUUAAUUUUCCAUGUUUUGCCCUCAGCAGAGAGUAGGU